AUGUCUAAAAGAGAGGCCGAAGAAGCUGGUUCUCAGCUCGAAAAGAAGGUGAAAGCAGAUGGCAAGAAAGAUGAAAUUGCCAUUGAUUCCGAACUCUUGGGUCAACAGCUGUCUUACGGUGGUCAACAUAAUGAUCAAAAUAAUGCUGCAACUGCGGCCGCAGCUGUUGCAGCUGCCGCGGCAUCCUCGAACGAGCCAGCAAAUGCUGCUGCUGCUUUAAACUCGCAACAGCAUCAACACCAGCAACAACAGUUACAACAACAUUUGGCUUAUCAAAAUGCUUUCAGGCAACAGGUAGUUCCUAGCCAACAAAGUCCACAAUCACAGUCACCUUCUCUGGAUCAGCACAGUCCUGGGCUCUCUCAUGUUCAGCCCACUGGUAUGCCUAAGUCAUCAGGGAUGAGUAAGCCACAACAUGGCUCUGAUGAAUGGCACAGACAAAGGCGUGAAAAUCAUAAAGAAGUCGAAAGAAGAAGACGCGAAUCAAUCAAUCAAGGGAUCAAAGAAUUGGCCGCUCUUAUUCCCACCAAUGAUACAAACAAGUCCCAGAUUUUGCAGAGAGGUGUCGAAUAUAUAAAACGAUUAAAAGAAAACGAAAGCAAUAACAUUGAAAAAUGGACUUUAGAAAAGUUGCUUACAGAACAAGCUGUUUCUGAAUUGAGUGCUUCAAAUGAAAAACUUAAGCAAGAACUAGAAAGGGCUUAUAGAGAAAUUGAACAAUGGAAAAAAGUUGCAAAAGACCUUGAAAAGAAAUGA